AGGUGUCGGGAGUGGUGUUGGUUGACCAGCUGAUCGCGGGCAGGCUUGGAUUCUCCUACACAAGGGCUACCCGGCCACUAGUCGCCAUUUUCCUUAUACUUGCGGAAAGAGAGAAAUAGCACUCGUACCAACCAAAUAGAGCCAUGUCUCAUUGAUUUCACACAUUUCUACGCGACGCGAGCCACAAUAAAGGCUGAGCUUGUGUAUUCUGCAUGGGAAAUACACAUUAAGGGCCCAAAACGGGGAGAAAAGUGGAGAAAAACAAAGUAAACAGUGAAUAUUUUGGUUGGGUUUGCUUUCCUGCCAGCAAACGAUCAGUUCAUCUUGGACGUGAAAGGAGUUGGUCUUCCCAAUGAGAAACUACGGAGUUAUUUAGCCUUCUAGCCUUGCAAUUGGAAUAUUCCUUAUCCUAAAGACACAGACACCAUGUCGUCUGGAAUUAUAGGCUGCAGAGAGUUCGUGGUGGGUGGAAAGUACCGCCUGGUACGGAAAAUAGGGAGUGGAAGCUUCGGUGAUAUUUACCUGGGGAUUAACAUCACCAAUGGAGAGGAGGUGGCGAUCAAACUGGAGGCCAUGAAGGCGCGGCAUCCCCAGCUCCUAUACGAGAGUAAAGUCUACAAGAUCCUCCAGGGAGGUGUUGGUAUUCCACACAUCAGAUGGUUUGGCCAGGAGCAGCAAUACAAUAUCUUGGUUAUGGAUCUCCUGGGACCUUCCUUAGAAGACCUUUUCAAUUUCUGCAGUCGUCGUUUUACCAUGAAGACAGUUCUUAUGCUUGCAGAUCAGAUGAUUGGUCGCAUAGAGUUUAUACACAACAAGAACUUCAUUCACAGAGAUAUAAAGCCAGAUAAUUUUCUUAUGGGCAUUGGUCGUCACUGCAACAAACUUUUUCUGAUCGACUUUGGAUUGGCCAAGAAGUACAGAGAUAAUCGGUCACGUGCGCACAUACCUUACCGAGAGGACAAGAAUCUUACAGGAACGGCACGAUAUGCUUCUAUCAAUGCUCAUUUGGGUAUUGAGCAGAGCCGGCGAGAUGACAUGGAGAGCUUGGGAUAUGUCUUGAUGUACUUCAACCGUGGGUCUCUUCCAUGGCAAGGUCUCAAAGCGGCCACAAAGAAGCAGAAGUAUGAAAAAAUUAGUGAGAAAAAGAUGUCAACGCCUGUUGAAUCACUCUGCAAGGGUUUCCCAGCAGAGUUUGCAAUGUACCUAAACUACUGCCGGGGGUUGCGGUUUGAUGAAGCUCCUGAUUACAUGUACCUGCGCCAACUCUUCCGCAUCCUGUUCCGCACUCUUCAUCACCAGUACGACUAUACCUUUGACUGGACCAUGCUUAAGCAAAAGGCUGCAUCAACUGCAGCAGCAGUAUCAGGAACCACUCCUCAACCUGCAGCGACUCAAGGUACACAGAAGCAGCUCUGAGGUCUUGGAUGAAGGUGAUUAAAGGAGGCCACUAAAAGAAUGCUAGUGAAUACAAUGGAUAAAUUUGUGGAAAGAAGCAAGCCCAAGGUGAUCCCCUUUCUUUAUGCUGCAAGAAAACAAAGAAAUGGAGGACAUUCGCUUGAUUUAAUGGCCCGAAGCAGCGAUGGUGCAAUGAGCAUUUUUAUUGAUGAGUAGCAGGGAAAUGAUUGCUCGUCUGCAUUGCCCUGAUCAUCGCUGUUGUUGUUGCUUAUUGGCCACUAGUGCUGCUUGCGAUGGCCUUAUCUUUGGACAUCAUAUUUUUCUUCUGACCUGUUUUAAAAAUGAUUUAUUUGAAUUUGUAUAAUUCUAUAUGAUGUCCGAAGAAUGUUGUAGAAUGAUUCCUCAUGGGUGAAGGGAUGAUUUUCUCUUGAAAUCUUGUGUGUGAUAAUCUUGGUGGUUACAGAAAAUCUUAUGGAUCUGUUGGUUGUUUCUGAUUUUUAAUAUGAUGACAUGGAAAGCAAGCUGAAAAUAAACUUUAAACACGAAAGGGUCUUUCUAGCUCCGUAGUUUUUCUCCACACGACCAGUUCAUGUUGAAUUCACUUCAUAUAUAUUUAGCCAUAUCAUACCUAUAACUUUCCUUAAGAAGAAAGUUCUCUACGUGGCUACCGAGUUGAUCCUCAAGUGGAGUAACAACUGACCCCCAAAAAAAAAAUGAAUAAGGUGUAAAAAUUUAAAAAAAAAAAGUCAAUAAUUUCUACAUAGGCAAGGGUUUAUUUUAGUAGUGCUUAUUUCUCAUUUUAAGUUUUUAAGAAGGGAGCUUCUUUGUAUGUAGAAAAGGCGAGUCUGAUAAUGGAUGAAUGCUAGGAUUAGACAAUGGAGAGAGAGAGCACGCAUUGAGCGGGGUUCAUUUCGGCGUGAUAGCUCGUAACCCGCAAAGAGUAUCCAACUUUCAUAUUUUGUAUUAACUGCUGCACCUUAGCAGUUAUUAAUCAUAAGUUUUUAAUUAUGCAGAGGAAUUGAUAUGAUUUUGUUGUUGCAACUGUAUAUUAGUUCAGAUACAUAAUACAGGAUAAUUCUACAACCUGUAUCCUGUAAAAGUCCUUCUUUCAUAGAGGAUUGUUAUUUCCUUCAUUUUGUAUUUUCUUAAUUGAGUUCUCCAUUUUGUUUGUGUAGCACUCAGUGUUUGAGCUGAACAUAACCCAUGUAACUUCUUGUAUAACAUUUGCUUAUAUUGUUAAGGUGAGUGUGUGUGUGCGCGCGUGUAUGUGAGAGUAUUUGUUGAUACCGUGUCUGGCAGGUGUGUUAUGGCUACUUCUCAAGUCGUUUCUCGUCAGUGUAAUGUAAUAAAAACUGAUUGAUAUCAGAUAAAUAGGAUGUAUUAAUCCCACUUUAUAACACAAAACUGUAAGUCAAUAUAGGAUGGAAGGAUAUAAUUUCUUUUAUUUCUCUUCGCUCUUACUCCUUCCCUUUGUACACUAGAAAGUUUUUGAUCUAUGGAGCACUUGUAUCCCCUUUUUCUGAAACGUGCAUAUGCCAAGUGGUUGGCAUAAUGUAUCCCAUGAUAUGAUUAUCCUCAUUGCCAUGUAGGUAAACAAAUAAUAGUAGACUUGUAAACAGGCAGCAAAAAUGAAUUUUUUGGGAGAUCUUUUAUAUCUUUCCACAAGGCCUUCAUGAUGGAAGUGAUGCUGGUUUGAAAAAUAGUGGAAACUUUAAAUGCUUUAAGGCUUGUUUACAAAAUAUACCCUCAGACAGUGGCCCUUAAAGUAUAUUCUAAUUAAAUUUGUUUUUGAUUGGCUUUCAUGGACUGCACCGAGGCAUGGAUAAUCAUGCUUCAAUUUUAAAUAUUGUACAUCUAGUUCUUUUAUGUAAAGUGUCAAAUUGACUUGGCUUCCAUGCCUCGGUGACUAAAGAAUGGAGCAGAAGAUGCAACUUCACAGGAUCAUUUUCCAGUCAACCUAGAUGACUUCUUUGUAAUUCUCAUAAUGUCCAAUGGAAUAUUUUUGUCACUAAUUGGUUGGAAAAGAAACUUAAGAGUUUGAGGAUUAAAUAUGAAGAUUCGUGAUAGAUUUUCAUACAUAGUUUGUGUCCUCAGAAGAAUGUUGUGAAGAAAGCCUUUCUGGAACUGCCUGAAGAUGGCUUUCUGAGGAAUGUUUGGGACAAAGUGACAACCUGACAUUCUUUUAGUGACAGUCGUCACAGUUUUACAACAUGUUUUUAUCACAGUUAUCAAAAUAAAAAUCAUAUAAUGAACCUUGUUUAAAACUGCUUUUUAGACUUUAGGGUUAUUUUGAUAUCACAUGUGCACAUAGUAUCUAAUAUGAGAAGUACUUUUAAUAGGAGAUAAGGAAUUCAUGUACAGAUGGUUUUUGGAUCACAGGAUCAUUUAAAGAUUUAAUGACUACAUAACUAAUGUAAUAAAUUACUAGUGAUCUACUGACUUCAGGCAUUCUGAUUGAAAGUAUUAUCAGGAGUGAAUAGUGUGGUCAAUUAUUCCUAGGAAACUAAUAAUUUAAGAAAUCAAAUGCUUAAGAAGCAAUCUUUAAUCACUGUAAAUGACUAAACAUUUGGUCAUAAUUUUCUAUCAAUGACAGUUCUUUGUUGGAAAUAUUUUGUAAUUUUUGUCCAGUUGUGUGCAUGUGUGUGGGGUGAAAUUGUUAUUCUCAAUUUCAUUUUCUGCUGAAAUUUCAUUGCACAAGUGAUACCAAAAUGUCCAACAGUCUUUUAAAGUGACAGUGUAUAAAUAGACAUUGACCUCUACCAUCAUGAGUCACUUUUUGGGGUGACCUAUAGUAUGUAAAGUUAAAAGGUGUUCACAAUUAAUUUUUUUUUUAACCAGUUCAUUAUUCAUCCUUAUUUUCAGUCACGUGAAGCUGUAGAGCAUUGCAUAGAAGUGUAGUCUAAUAAAAACAGAAAAUUAA